UUUUAGUGGCUGUUGGUCUAAUUUCUCAAAUGUUAAAGUAAAAAAGUUUCUGUGAUGGGUAUGUAAAGAUCGUGUGUCUGACUGUGUUGCAUUAUUGCUUUCUCUUCUAAAACUUCGUGACUUCUUCAAUUCCUUCCAUGGAAUUGGCGACUUCAUCAUCCAAACGGCAACGAAAGUACGAUGUGCUCAUCAACUUCAGUGAAAUCGAAGACAUCGGCAAGAAAUUUGUUUCUCAUCUCGAUUCUGCCCUCUCUGCUAAUGGACUCACCACUUUCCUUCACCACCAGAAUGCAGUGCAGCCAAAGGACAUCCAACAACCUAUCCUCCAUCUCUGUCGGGUUGCAAUUGUUGUUUUCACCAAAACUUAUUCUGAAUCUGCUUGGUGUCUUCAUCAGCUUCAACAAAUAAUUGACUGGCACGAAACUUAUUCCCGACAUGUUCUUCCCGUAUAUUACGAAAUUCAGCCAUCUGAUGUACGCCUUCAGAAGGGUGAUUUUGGAAAAGCCUUUAAAGCAACUGCACACCAAACAUUUUCAGAACAACAACUAGAGCAUGGCAUGUCCAGGUGGAGCCACGCACUCACCAAAGUUGCGAAUUUCUUUGGAUGGGACGAGAGCAAUCACAGGAGUGAUGCUGAACUAGUGGACACAAUUGUUAAGAGCGUUCUUAAUUUACCAGUCCUGUCUGUUACUAACUUUCCAGUUAGAUUACAAUCCCACGUGCAAGAUGUGAUUGGAACUAUCAAAAAUAAAUCCAUGGAAGUGUGUAGGAUAGGGAUAUGUGGAAUGGAAGGAUCCGGUAAAACCACCCUUGCCAAAGCCAUUUACAAUCAAAUUCAUGGUACAUUUACGGAGAAAAGUUUCAUUGAAGAUAUUUCAGAAGUCAAUCGAACAAGAGGGUGCAUUUAUUUACAAGAACAACUUCUUUCAGACGUCCUAAAAAUAAAGGUGAAGAUUGAUCAUAGCGUUGAGAUGGGAACAGGUAUGAUUCAGCAAAGACUUCAUGGGAAAAGGAUGCUCAUUGUACUUGACGAUAUGAUCAAUGAGUACUAUCCAUUAUUCGACCUAAGGAAAUGUUGUGCAUGGUUCGGUAAAGGAACUGUAAUAAUCAUCACAACGAAAGAUGAAGAGCUACUGAGGAAGCAUCAAAUUGAUUCUAUCUUUCGGAUAAAUCUAAUGAAUGCAAAUGAGUCUCUUGAGCUUUUUAGUUGGCAUGCAUUUCGAGAAGCAAAACCAAAUGAAGAAUACAGUGACCUUGCAAAAACAGUAGUUACUUAUUGUGGAGGACUACCUCUUGCCCUUGAACUCAUUGGAGCUUGUUUAUUUGAAAGGACGAAAGAAGAAUGGAAUACAGUGUUGUUAAGAUUAGACAAUAAGAUUUAUUCCUUAAUGUAUAUUGUUCCACUGAUAUUGAAAAUAAGCUUCGACAGUUUACCGAAUAAAAUCGAAAAAGAUUUAUUCCUUGAUGCAUGUUGUUUCUUUGUUGGUAAAGGCAGAGCCUAUGUUAAGAAAAUGUUGAAUGGCUGUGGAGUUGACCCUAAUAGUGGAAUAAGAGUUCUCAUAGAACGUAACCUCAUAAAAGUUAGAAAGAACAACAAAUUUGGAAUACAUCCUUUGCUACGAGAUAUGGGAAGCGGAAUUAUUCGUGAAAUUUCAGGAAAGGAACAUGGGAAGAACAGUCGAAUGUGGUAUGAUAGUGAUGCAGAAUAUGCACUGUCAGAGAAUACUCUAUUUUCAUCACAGAGAGCAAAAGUCAUUCAAGGAUUGCCUGAGAAACUAUUUUUAACCAACACAGAUGGCUUAAAACCUUGUCCUUUAAAGGAAACAAACACAUCAAGAAUAUGUUGAAACUCACUGGAGAUUCUGGGUACGUUUCUAAGAAAUUGAGAUGGGCCAGUUUGCGAGGGUUUCCUUCAGAAUUCCUACCUAAUAACUUUUAUCACCAUGAUGCAAUAGCCAUUGAUUUAAAACACAGUCUUCUUCGAUUCGUUUGGAAACAACCCCAGGUUUUGCUUUGGCUAAAAGUUCUUAAUCUUAGUCACUCCAAGUACUUGACAAAAACCCCCGACUUUAUCGGACUACCACGUCUUGAACAACUCAUUCUCAAAGAUUGUCCAGGUUUGCACGAAGUACACCAUUCUAUUGGAUGUCUUUGCUAUCUUACACUGCUGAAUUUGAAGGACUGUACAAGUCUAAGCAAUCUCCCAAGAGAGAUAUUUGAGUUGACAACUUUACAAACUCUCAUUCUUUCUGGUUGUUCAAAAAUUGACCUAUUGGAACAAGAUGUAAU